UGCCGGGCUGCCGUCCGAGCGCUGUCUUCAUAUCGCUGGAGGACCGACGUCAGUGUUUGUGCUAUUUAGGGGAAGAUGGCGGAGGCUGCGGCUCUACCCCCUCAUCGGUUCUUCUGUCACUGUUGUAAGGGAGAAGUGAGCCCCAAGCUCCCGGAAUAUAUUUGUCCAAGAUGUGACUCGGGAUUCAUAGAGGAAGUAACAGAAGACUCCAGUCUCCUGGAGGGUGGCGCUAUUGGAAUCGAUGACACAGCCACACAGUUUGCAGAGUUAUGGCACCUGCUGUUUGUGGACCGGCCUUUCACAACGGAUGGCGACAGCCCAGAUUCCGAGCCCAGGGUCCCUGGAGGGGGUCUGGGUGGUCUCAGCGGGCUAGGCGGGCUCGGAGGGGGGCCCAUCGGGGGUUCGGUUCCAGCGGGUCUAGGGGGUCCCAUCGGGGGUCCGUUUGGGUCUGGGGAACACUGGGGGCCGGGGCGUCCCCCUCGCCUGCACAGCCAGCGGAGGUACCGGUCCAGAGGCAGCAGCAGACCAGACCGGUCUCCUGCGGUGGAAGGGAUUGUACAACAGUUUCUGGCGGGUCUGUUUGUCAACUCUGGAGUCGCCGGUUCACCCCCUAUAUCAUGGACAGGGAUGCUGCACUCUAACCCGGGGGACUAUGCCUGGGGACAGGGAGGACUAGACGCCGUAAUAACGCAGCUGUUGGGACAGUUUGAAAACACGGGUCCGCCUCCAGCAGAGAAGGACAAGAUCUCCUCCCUCCCCACCGUCCACGUCUCUCAGGAACAAGCAGACUGCAGUAUGGAAUGUCCUGUUUGCAAAGAGGACUUCUCAGUCGGGGAGCCUGUCAGACAGCUACCCUGUAAUCACUGCUUCCAUUCAGACUGUAUAGUUCCCUGGUUGGAAAUGCAUGACACGUGUCCAGUGUGCAGGAAGGGCUUGAAUGGAGAGGACAGCACUAGCCAGCCUCCCCCAGAGUCCCCCUCCCUCGCCACGGACUCGAGAACGCAGGAGAGAUGGUCCUUCUGAGUCGCACACAUUCCCUUCUUCCCCCCCAUCUAUGUUCACAGAAGUACCCAUUUCUUCUCCUCUCCCCUUCAUCACUACUACAAAAAAUAAACAUUUGCUUUGGUUUUUCCUUGACAUAUUCCUAUAACCAUGUACUCUGGACACACGCGCUGUGCUACAUGUUUUCCUCUCAUACUGACCUCGACGACCAGCCCAGGUGCAGUAUAUCUCGCUGUCGAUUUCCAGAGAGAAAACUAAGUUGAUUCCUCUGUGUCCUCUCACCAUACCGUAUGUUUUAUUUUUCCAGCCUGAAAAUUGCACUGCUGUAAUACACUGUCAUGGAAGCUCUCUCUGUAUUCCACAUGUUUUGUCUCUCUUCUGCGCUCAGCCUACACUCUGCUGAAGUUGUCUCCUAAAGUCUUAUGUUCUACAUCAGACACAACCCUUUUGCAUUGGUUUAUCUGUUUUCCUCCAAGAAAAAUAUGGAAAAUAAUGGCUUUACGGAGGGCCACCGACAGAGGUUGUGAAGGGUGUAUUAGGGUAAAGGUAUGGUCUUGUCUUUGGUGACAUCUGAAAGACUUAAAGGUUUUUUUAAGGAGAAGACGGGCCCAGGGUCUUCCAGAUAAAGAGUAAACCCUGUUUUGUUUUGUCUGUCAUUAACAUCCAGGCGUUUGUUCUGCUGUAUAUAUUAUAUAAAAAAAGAAGUCAUCUCUGCUCAUCAUUUUAUUAAUUGGUUAACAACUUGUCUUUUCUUUCACAUUUUUAUCACUUUUUUAUGUAAAUACUUUUAGUCCAAUUUAUGGUUUGAAAUGAAUAAACACGGCGAAUGAAAAAAAAAAAGUGAAAUCUGAUUAUCAAAAUAUGUAUAUUAUAUAUAUGAAAAAAUGUGUAUGAUGUUAUAAUAAAUUGGAACAAAUGUUGUAUUUGGCUGCAGUACUUCCUGUACAUUCAUCCGAUUUUAUGCGUGUAAUCAACCCUUGAAACAACCUGUAUUUUCAGAUUUAAUAAU